AACUUAAAGGCUUUGAUCAUUAAGUCCAUGAUGCUUCCUUCCAACAUGUUGAUAACCAUGCUAAUUGAAGGCCUAUUUUCUGGCUUUAUCUGUAUGCACCAUAAACCCAUUAUCAUCAUCUUUUUUGCAAUUUCUUUAGUCUUAGGAUUAGCAUCAGUCUCAGGACUAACAAGACUGGUAUCAGGAGUGACCAAAUCAUAGUACUUAUCAAAAUUAUCAUAAACCCAGUCUGGUGUUAGAUUGGGUUUAUGACAAUUUUAUGUGCAUAUGCAAUUUGUAUCAUCUUCAGGAACUGGCAAAUGGUCAAAACAAGUUUAAUAAUAAGGAGCACACAUAUAGCUUGAUAUCUGAAUUGCUUCCCGUGCUGAAACAUAUCUAUCAGAACCAAUUAAAUGAACUGGAAGUAAAGCAAGGGGAUCAAGAAGGUGGAUUUUCUGGUGUACUUCUUCGAGUAUAUGAGCCUCACAAUGAGCUUGUUAACUGUAAUUAUUGCAGGACUUCACUAGUGGAUUUUCACAGAAGUUGCUCAAAUUGCUCUUACAAACUUUGCUUAGAUUGUUGCGGAAAGAUAGUAAAGGGAUCUGCUUCUCAGACACCUACAAUUGAUUCCUCCAAGGCUGGUAGGAGACAGAGGGCAAAGAAGUAUGUCAUCAGAGAAAUUGUUGGGAAAAGAUGGAGACGUUCCACAAGCGAGCGACCAGAUAACUCAUCUUUAUCCACCGUUGAAUAUGAUAGCAAGGCUAAGAAUCAUGGAAGCAACAUUCCUUGCCCACCCAAGGAAUCUGGAGGUUGUGGAAACGGUCUUCUUAAGUUAAGUUGUAGUAUACCAUUUGUUUGGUCUAAAACGGACUUCUCUUCUCUCUUUCAACUAUGA